AUGCACCUCAACGGCACCGCGCGUGCCAUUGCGGCGGGCACAUCGCAUUCGCUCAUCCUGAUGGACUCGGGCGAGGUGCUCAGUGUGGGGUCCAACAUCCACGGUCAGCUGGGCUUGGGGCACAAUGAGCAGAUCCUCACGCCCAAGCCAAUGCCCCUGGAUGCGCGCGCAGUGGCAGUGGCUGCGGGGGAUCUUCACAGCUUGGUGGUGACAGAGGAUGGCCGUUGCUUCGGUGCGGGGGGCAAUUCCGAUGGGCAGUUGGGAGUUCCUGGCAUUCAGGAGCACAACAUGCCAGUUCGCAUGAAGAUCACCGAGAGGGUCCUGGACGUGGCGGCGGGGUGGUCCUACUCUCUGAUGGUCUCCGACAACGGCAUUUUUACCGCGACUUGGUGCGGGUCGGCGGGUGUGGAACUGGAGCGGAGCUGGAACGAGCUCGUUCGGCCCGAAGAGCUCCUCCUGGGUCCUCAGCUGGGCGCGGGCGGCUCUGCCCAAGUCUUUCGUGGUUCCUGGAAAGGUCAAGAGGUGGCUGUGAAGCGGAUCACUGGCGUAGCACACCUCGAGGCGAUGAAGAAGGAGGUGGACGCUUUGCGUCGCUUGCGCCACCCUCGCCUCGUGCGCUUCUUGGGCGCUUGCGUGCAGCCUCCCCUGCUGCUCGUGGUCACGGAGUUCAUGGCCGGUGGCUCCUUGCACGACCGGCUCUUCGGGCGGUCUCAACUGGCGGCCACCUCAGCGCUGGGGCCCAGGCAACGGUGGCUCAUUGCGUGUCAAACCGCGGAGGGUUUGUCCUUCCUCCACUCACAGCGCGUGGUGCAUCGGGACCUGAAGUCCAUGAAUAUACUGCUGGACGCUGGACAGAAUGCGAAGAUCUGCGAUUUUGGCCUUGCCCAUCAGAUGUGCAUGGAGUCGACCCACAUCGCUCGGAAGCUGGACGGGGAAGGCGGCUCCCCGCGCUACAUGGCACCCGAGUGCUAUGACGCCAGCGUGGGGAAGCUGACGGAGAAGGUGGAUAUUUGGGCCGCUGGUUGCAUCCUCAUCGAGCUUUGGCAGAUGCGAGAGCUGGCAAGUCAACUUGUCCUUGUGUACUGGAGAGGGAACGUUCUUGUUCAAUGUUGUGUCUCGGGCGAUCAGUCCUGA